UACAUGUGCCUUCGUGCAUGCAUCUAGGACAAUUGGUCCCCGCGAAAAAAUAUCGUAUGCAGACAAUUGGUCCCCGUCAUAGUUUUAUACCCGGACAAUUGGUCCCCGUCAUAAUUUUAUACCCGGACAAUUAGUCCCCGGCUUAAAAGUUAAGUACAAAAUAUUUUUUUGUCAUUAAACAUUUUUUAAAAUGUAUUUUCAAUAAUAUAGUACUUUUAGAACAGAAUUACAGUUAUUUGUUUUAAAAAAAAUAAAAAUGAAUAUAAUAAUAAAUUAUAAUAUUUGGCCAACCAACAUGAUGGCGACCAAGCGUACCAAUCACAUCCGUAUGCCGCACAAUACACUGGCAUAAUUAAUAGAAGAAAGAAUUAUUAUUAAAUAACUAUUUUCUAUAAUAUACUAGUAUAUAAAAACCAACUAAAAUGUUUCACUUUACAAAAUAAUUCACAUUUCACUUUACAUGUGCCUUCGUGCAUAACUGCAUAAUACGAAAUUUAUAAUAUUUUGCCAACCAACAAGAUGGCGACCAAUCGUUGAUAAUGCUGCACCCGAUAACGAGAGUACCUUAUCUAUAAUAUAUUAGUCUGUGCACGGCUCCGGUCCUGUUCAUCGGGCCAGCCGCCGCAUUGUUUAUCUCAAUAGCGUAUGUUUGUUUACUGUCCGUUCGCGAUUGACUCUGAACAUAUUUUUCCGGUUGCUGUCGACGCCGAAAGUUUUUUUAAAUUUAUUUUAUCACUAUUCACCGGUCUGCAGUUCUCGCUCGUUUUUCGUCAACGGCGCUGACGUUUUGGGCUUUUUCUCAUAUUUUAUACCGUGAUUUUUAUUUUCGUUCGUUUCCCACGGUAUUUUCUUCAACGGUUAGUCGUGCUUUUUUGAGGGGUCUAGUUUACAGUACGACACAAGGACACAUAUCGAUUACUCUAAGAAGUACAAGUCAGACUUAGGACGCCGCAAUGUCUAUCACACCAUUCAAGAAACGCGUCUGUUACUAUUACGACAGUGACAUAGGAAACUAUUAUUAUGGACAAGGUCAUCCUAUGAAGCCACAUAGGAUUUCAAUGACUCAUAAUUUGAUUUUAAAUUAUGGUUUAUACCAAAAAAUGGAAAUAUCUAGACCUUAUAAAAUUAAUGCAAAAGAAAUGACCAAAUUUCAUAGUGAUGAGUACAUACAGUUUUUAAAAAGUAUUUGUCCUGAUAAUAUUAACGAUUAUAACAUGCAAAUGCAAAGAUUCAAUGUUGAUGAAGAUUGUCCAGUUUUUGAUGGUUUGUACAAAUUUUGUCAGCUAUCUGCGGGCGGUUCAGUAGCAGCAGCUGUAAAAUUAAAUAAACAAUCUGCAGAUAUUUGUAUCAAUUGGGGAGGUGGUCUUCAUCACGCAAAAACUGAAGCCAGUGGCUUUUGCUAUGUUAAUGAUAUAGUACUUGGUAUAUUAGAAUUGCUUAAAUACCAUCAACGAGUGUUGUACAUUGAUAUUGAUGUCCAUCACGGUGAUGGUGUCGAAGAAGCAUUUUAUACAACUGAUAGAGUUAUGACAGUUUCAUUCCACAAACAUGGCAAAUAUUUUCCUGGUACUGGAGAUCUCGGAGAUAUUGGUGCUGGAGAAGGAAAGUACUAUGCAGUUAACAUUCCCUUAAGAGAUGGAAUGGAUGAUGAUAGUUAUGAAUCAAUAUUCGUACCAAUAAUUACUAAAGUAAUGGAGACGUUCCAACCUAGUGCAGUUGUAUUACAAUGUGGAGCGGAUUCACUUACAGGAGACAAGCUUGGAUGCUUUAAUCUAACUGUUAAAGGUCAUGGCAAAUGUGUUGAAUUUGUAAAACGUUAUGGGUUACCCUUUCUUAUGGUCGGCGGAGGUGGUUACACUAUUCGAAAUGUAUCUCGAUGUUGGACAUAUGAAACAGCUGUGGCCUUAGGAGCUGAAAUUGCUAAUGAAUUGCCGAAUAAUGACUAUUAUGAAUAUUUUGGGCCCGAUUUUAAACUUCAUAUCAGCCCUUCGAAUAUGAAAAAUAGAAAUACUACAAAGUAUUUGGAAAAAAUUAAAAACCGUCUCUUUGAAAACUUACAAAUGCUACCUCACGCCCCAGGAGUUCAAGUCCAAGCUAUCCCCGAAGACGGAGUACACAAUGAGUCAGACGAUGAAGAUAAUGUUAACCCAGAUGAAAGGAAUCCUCAAUCUAUUACAGAUAAAAAAAUUUCACCUGAUAAUGAAUUUAGCGACAGUGAAGAUGAAAGCAUGGCUCCUGGUGUAGGGGGUGGUGGCCGAAAAGAUAAUAGAUCUUAUAAAACUGUCAUACCUGCUAGAAAACAAGCAUGUUUGGACUCGAAUAGGAUAGAAGUCAAUGAACCAAAAUUUAAUAUUAUAACAGAUGAUAAAGAAGACAAAUCUGAUGAUUCUAAUAAAAUGGAUGCUGUCAUGUCGUGAAUUUAUGACUGAAAUGUAUAAUACAAUUGUAAAUAAUAAAAAAAAAAAAGUAAAACAAUGGUUUACUGUCAUU